ACUGCUCUCUGGAUCUUAAGGUAAGUGAAGAUUUGAACUCCGAAGCUCUCAACUCUCAAACAGCAAAUGGAAGCCCUCACUAGCCUAAAUCCUAAACCGCCUGAAACGAUGAGCAGCGCGGGCAUCGGAUCCCCCUCCACAAUAUCGCCGCCGUCGAGCACGUCCCGCUCAACCGCUUGGCCGACGGCAGGAUCGAGUCUGCCUCGGCUGUGCUCCUCCAAUCCGUCGCGUACCUCCCACCGAACUCCGACGAUCCGCGACAACUACCGCGUCGCGGAGAUGUCCGCCGUAAUCAAUAGCGUGACCAAAGCCGCCGACCGCGACGACAUGAUCUGCAACGACGCCAUUAGUCACCUCAAUUCCUCGUCUCCAGGUUGCAGGGGCUCAAAAGAAAGCUGGAAUAGGGGAGCAAGACUGAACACUUACAGGCGCACAGUAUUACCACGAUCAGUCUCAGGUCGUCAAUUUCGGUCAAAGAAAGAAGUCCUUCACUGUCUGGAAACAGGAAUGCUCAAGAAGAACGUUGGUUCUGACAAAAUGGUGACUUAGAAUCAAAAGCUUAAUGGUCGAAGGAAGCGCCGAGAGCUUUUGGUAUGCUACAUAUCCCGAUCAAGAACUUCAUGGCUUAGUACCUGAUCAAUGGAAAGAGAUGGGAUGGCAGGGAAGAGAUCCAUCUACUGAUUUCAAGUUCCAUUUCCCUCCAUUCCUCUGUUGUUCUGCAGCUAAUUUCUUCCUAGUUUCUUCUUUCAGUUUCUGGCAUUUUCUUAUUUGGUUACUUUGGAUGAUUUGCUGACGAAGGUGCUAGAUUUAUUUCUUUGGAGCUCUUGUUCUUCGCAAAGACAUUUUCACUAAAAUCCCAAACUUGAUCUGCAACAGAAAGAUAGAAACCUGAAGAAAUAUGUUUCUCUUAAUAUUACAUUUAUGAUAUGCUUUUGCUUUACUAGAGUACUGUAGAGCUCUGCCGUAUUGAUAUGUAGGUCAAGAAGUUGAAAUACUAUGCAUGUAUUGUCAAUUACCAAUGAUGCACAAAGAAUUCAGAACUUUGUCAUGUAUGUUUUGUAACGAAAUUAUAUAUCAAACAAUGUCGUACUGUUAAUGAAAUGUAUAUUUUUCUUUA